UCUAGAUUAUAACAAUGCGUGUUUCUCCCUCCUCUUCUUCCAUCUCCAUCUUCUUCAAGCUCAGAAUCUGCUGGUUUGCUGACUGUUGGUGGGAUGGUUGGUGGGGAAUUAAAUGCAUUCACGAAAAUAAAGAAAGAGAAAUAAAGAAAGAGUUUUUAGUCUCAUUUCCUGGUGGGUUUUGCAUUGCUGUCUGUCUGGCUGUGUUAAUAAUAUAGAAGAAGAAGAAAGAGAGAAACUCUAGUUGCAGAACAGCGCAGAAGCAACAGCAGCAGCUCCACGUGCUUCAAUUUUCCGUCGUCUCAGCCAGGCAAGACUGCUCCAGAGAAAACCCACAUUCAUUCAUUCAUUCAUCACCAUACUUCCAAAUUAGGGUUUUAGAUCCCACCACCACCCACUUCAGAUGAAAUGCAGUUUACCCUUUUGAACUUGCUGCUGGAAUAGACUCCAUGAUGAAAACAUUCACAACCCAUUUCACUCGGGCUCUCCUCUUAUUCCUGUUUCUCGAAUUCAUUCGGUUUUCCCAUUCAUCUUCGUCCACGGAUGAGGAAAAGGAGAUCUUGUUGCAGUUCAAGGGAAACAUUUCUAAUGAUCCAAUGAAUAUCUUAAGAUCAUGGCAUCCAACCCAACACCCAUGUUUGAACUACACCGGUGUAAUCUGUAACUCUGAAGGGAAUGUCGUCAAGAUUGUCCUGUGGAACACCAGCCUGGGCGGUGUCCUGUCGCCGGCCUUGUCAGGUUUGAAGUUUCUCAGGGUACUAUCUCUUUAUAAAAAUGGAUUCACCGGCAACAUCCCAUCUCAAUAUGGUGAGAUCAUUACUUUGAGAAAUUUCAAUUUGAGUACUAACUCUUUGUCUGGAUCAAUUCCUGAUUUCCUGGGAAAUUUGCCCAACAUCAGAUUUCUUGAUUUGUCGAAGAACGAUUUUAGUGGAGAGAUUUCCCCUGCAAUUUUCCGUAGCUGUAGUAGAACAAUGUAUAUCUCUCUUUCACAUAAUAAUCUCACAGGCUCAAUUCCCGAAUCAAUUUCCAAUUGCAUUAACCUUAUUGGGAUUGAUUUCUCCUACAAUAAUCUCAAAGGAACCUUUCCUUCCCAAUUAUGUAACCUUGAGAAUUUAUCCUUCUUAUCUCUGCGAAACAAUCUUCUGUCCGGAACUGUUGAACAACACCAAAUAUCCCUUUGCCGGAGUUUGCAACUCCUUGAUCUCGGCAGCAACAUGUUAUCCGACUUAGCCCCUUUAGCCAUGAUCGGAUUGGAUAAUCUUACCCUUUUCAAUAUUUCGAACAAUCAGUUCACCGGAGAUAUCUCAGUUGUUGGAACUUGCGGACAGAGCUUAAAGAUUCUCGAUGCUUCGAGAAAUCAGCUGAAUGGGGAGAUCCCGUCGAGCAUAAAGAACUGUAUAUCUCUAAAAUACCUGGAUUUGAGCUAUAACAGUCUCAGUGGCAGCAUCCCAACUGGUUUUUCAGAUUUGAAGAGCCUUUCUGCUAUUAAGCUUGGAAACAAUUCACUUGAUGGGAUUAUUCCAUCAGAAUUAGGAAGCAUUGAGCUUCUUCAAAUUCUUGAUCUUCAUAAUCUGAAACUCACUGGAGACAUACCCAAUAACUUGAGUAAUUGCAGAUACCUUCUUCAACUAGAUCUUUCAGGAAAUGCUCUAGAAGGGGGAAUACCCGAAAAUCUAAAUAACAUUCCGUAUCUUGAAAUCCUCGAUUUACAUGAAAAUCGGCUCACUGGAAGCAUCCCAACAAACCUUGGAAAUCAGUCCAAUAUCAAAUACUUGAAUCUUUCUUAUAACCAUCUAUCUGGUUUUGUUCCAUCCGGUUUGCAGAGAUUCGGUUUCUUUUCUUUCUUCCAAAAUCCUGGGCUUUGUGGGAUUCCAUUGGAUAUAAUUUGCAAUGCCAUGAACCAUGUAAAGUCGAGAAAGCCCAAGUUAACUGUUUCUUCACUUGUGGCGAUCAUUGCUGCUGCUGUCAUCUUUAUCGGUGUUUCUCUGAUAACUAUUGUGAAUCUGAGGGCACGCCGGAGGAAAAGAAAGGAGGAAGCGAAUGGAAUAGUAUCGUUGGAAUCUGAUAGCAUGCCAUUAGGGGGAUCAACAACAGGUUCGAAUGUCAUAAUCGGAAAACUAGUUCUCUUCAGCAAGAAUCUCCCAUCAAAUUACGCAGACUGGGAAGCAGGCACAAAGAGUUUGAUCGAUAAGGAAGGCCUGAUCGGUUCCGGUUCAAUCGGAACAGUUUACCGAGCUAGAUUCGAUAGCGGGAUCUCCAUCGCAGUUAAAAAGGUGGAAUCUUUGAGACGAAUUCAUAACCAAGAAGAAUUCGAGCAGGAAAUUGGGCGGUUGAGUAAAUUGCAUCACCCUAAUCUCGUAGCGAUUCAAGGGUAUUACUGGUCGUCAAGCAUGAAACUGUUGCUUUCUGAAUUUAUCCCAAACGGGAACUUAUUCGACAACUUGCACAACAACCCGGAAUUAAAUUGGCCAAGAAGGUUCAAGAUUGCUCUCGAAACAGCUAAAGCUCUCUCAUACCUUCACCAUGAUUGUAAGCCGCAGGUUCUUCAUCUCAACCUGAAAUCAAAAAACAUAUUACUGGACGAGAAUUAUCAAGCGAAGUUGUCUGAUUACGGGUUGGGGAAGUUACUUCCCUUGUUGGAUGUUGACGGUUUGACGAAGAUAUCACAUAAUGCUGUUGGAUAUGUUGAUCCUCAAUGGAUAGAGAGUUUUAGAAUAAGCGAUAAAUCUGAUGUUUAUAGUUUUGGUGUUAUAUUGUUGGAACUGGUAACGGGAAGGAAGCCUGUGGAGAGUUCGUCUAGAAACGAGGUGGUGGUGUUGUGCGAAUACGUUAGGCGGUUGAUAGAGAGCGGAAGAAGUUCGACUUGUUUCGAUAGAAACCUGAGGGGUUUGGCCGAAGAAGACGAGCUAAUGCAGGUGAUGAAGAUGGGGUUGAUCUGUACUAGCCAGAUUUCAUCAAGAAGACCAAGCAUGGCUGAGGUGGUUCAGGUUCUUGAGUCUGUUUCAACUGUGGAUCAAAUUAAUUAUUAAUAAGUUAACCUUAAAUUGGUAACAAAUUUUGUUUGGCUUACUUAUUAGACAACAAUAAAGGUUCAAUUUUUUUUGGUUAUAACUUCCUUCAUUCUUGUAAUUUUGCAAUAAUUUAUCAUUAAUAAAUUCACCUUUCA